CAACGCGGUGGGUUCGCGGUCGUUAGCGUCAGGCCAGUCGUCGUCCGUCAGUCGGGGAAUGUGCUCUGAUGCGGGAGCUUGUGCCGGUUUUGUAAUCGUGUGUGUUGUGUAAAUAAUAACUUGUGAUUUUUACAAACGUCCCGUUUUGCAAUGCGGUGUGCGGUGCUGGUGUGUCUCGCGGCGUGCUGGGGCUGCGUCGCCGCCGCCCCUGCGUCUUGCCUCGAACACUUCUUCGUCAAACACAACGUAACAGCUGAUGACAGCCAACAGCCAGGUCCCAUAUGCGGAGGGCAGUGCUGCGGUCGAGGGAGAGAGAUCCACUUAACAUCAACUCUCAGACAUAAUGCCGAAGACAAAAUAGCAGCUGCCACCAGGCCUAUUGCUGAGCUUUUGCUGGCUACAAGGAGGACAUUGCAAGAGCAUCUAACUGCCCUGUCGCACCAGUCACAGAACAAGACAGCAGCGCUCUUGUCCCAACUCUACAGAAGCCACGCCACGAGGGCUCACGCUCCCUUAGCGACCCUAUACGAUGACAUAAGGACUUUACUUCGAUCCAAUCUAGAGACUGAAGAUGCCGUUGACCUUGCUUCCCCACCACCCAAAGAAAUGGCGCAGAGUACGAAGAAAUUCUUCAGAGAAGUAUUUCCCGUGGCGUAUCAAAACGUACUGAGGCUGGACACGAAGCAAUUCACGACAGCCUAUGAGGCGUGUUUGAAGGACGCAUAUGAUGCUGUCCAGCCUUUUGGAGACGUCCCCGAACAGUUGGGGUCGUCGCUAGCCAAGUCUUUGGAGGCUGCGCGAGCGCUCUUACAAGUGCUGGGUGUCGGUGCGGGCGCUCUGGGCGGUGCGGAGGGGGCAGUGAAGAGCGCCGCCCACAGCCACUAUGGUCGGUUGCUGUUGAAGAUGGGCGGCUGCUCGCGAUGUCAAGGCCAUGACGUCAGCCCUUGCAAGAAUUAUUGUCUCAAUGUCGCUAGAGGAUGUAUUGGAUCGAUAAUAUCAGAGCUGGACGCGCCAUGGGCCAGUUACGUGGAAGGCGUGGAAAGGCUGGCCAGAGCAGACGCUGAUGCCGCACUCAGGGCGCUGGACGCCAGGGUGUCUGAAGCCAUCAUGUACGCUUUGGAGAACCAUGUUAUAUUGGAAAAAAAGGUGCGUCAAGAAUGCGGUCCGCCAUCUACCCUCGAGAGCCCCAACCUGCCUCCUCCUUCCCCCACGGGGUCGUCUCGAAGGGACGCGUUGCGGGCUCCACCACCAGACACGGAACUACUCCAGUUUGCAGCAACGCUUGCCGCUACGAAGAAGCUAUUCGCCAGUAUGGCUGACAGGCUCUGCGAUGACCCAGACUUUGCCACUGAUGGAAAUGAGAAUUGCUGGAAUGGGGAUACUGUUGGAGAGUACACCAAAGCUCUAGUGGCAUCUGCUUCAAUGAGUGAUCAGAAAUACAACCCCGAAAUGACAGAGACUGCUUCCAAUCCUGAAGUGGCCAUUCUUGGCGAGAGAUUACGUCAGGCAAGACAGUUACUUGUAUUGCACUCUUGGAGCGGAAAUCUCCCAGCAGCUGAGGCCUUCAUGCAAGGAGAUGAAGCUGGAGACGAAGGCUCGGGCUCUGGUCGUCUCUACACUGAUGACGACGCCGCAUAUGACGCUGAAGGUUCUGGAGAAGAAGGAUCUGGGACGCCUGAUAUUGCAGUGAGUCGAACGAUUACCGGAGAAGAAACAACAUACUCAGCACCUCCAAAGAUUAGUGGAGCAUCCACCAGAUCCGUCUGCUGGUUCAUGGUUGCUAUACUCGUCUCCUCAGUGGUCAGCAUAUAGGCGAAGUGCGAGUCCAACUCGAGAGCUGUCUUGAGAUCCCAGUGAACCAUAUCAUAUGCAAGCAAUAUUGGAGUGUGCAAUGGACUGAAAGUGUUUUCGUUUUGUCGAAUGUUUUCUUCGAUUGAAAGUAUUAGAACAAUAUUAGUAUUAUGUUUCGAAGUACUUGAAAAUUGUUUAUUUAUUAAGCGUACGUGGACUGAGAAACAAAUCAAAUUGUGUGUUACUUUUUUAUAUAAAAUAUUGGUUUUGAUUUAGUUAAAACCAAACAUAACUGCUUUUCUAUGUAUAAUAUAGUGCUUUUUAGCGAACGUGGUUGGCGAGGGACCACAUGAAGUUAUUAUAUAAAUUCCACAGAACGGAAUAAAAUCAAGGAAAUUUUAUUAAUUAAGUCACUUUAAAAAAUAUAAAUAAUAAAAAAAUAUUGUAUUAUACGAUUUUCCAGAGAAGAAAAUAACUCAAAAUUCCGCGUCACCCAUUGAUUUGUUUUAGAAUUAUUUUAUAUAUUUUAUCGAUUACAAAAACUACAUCAUACACUGUUCCAAUUAAAGGUUGGUCCUUAAGGUCAAAUACUAACUUUAUUACUACCCGUCCUCGUCGAUAUUAUUGUCGCAAAAUCUUGUUUUAGGGAUAUAUACGCUUGACACCUUGCUUCUCUAUCACUUAGGUAUCGCGAAACAUAAAUACUGAUCUAACUUUUAUGAAUUGAGUAGAAAAAUAUAUAUUUCAAUAGAUUUCGUCAAGUCCUAGUACGCUUUAUAGGUUUGAGGUUAUGAAAAAGACAAUGAUGAGAGUUGUUCAGUGUAGCUAGUCCGUAGCAGAAAACGCUUCAAAACAAAUGAAGCGAUGUAGCAUAUCAAAUGGAAGUCUGCAAAUGUACAGCAUAUCACGACAACUGUAUUUUGUAAAUAUAUUCUCAUUUUAUAUAGAAAAUGCAUUUAUAAUGUGAAAUCGUCAUAAUAAAUCUCUAUUCAGUGUUAAUAGAUUGGCAAUAAUUCUUUUAGGAUAAAGUUUAGAUAAAAAUUAUAAAUUGUAUAUGUGUACAUACCUUAAUACCUACUCUAGGUGCUUAGAAAAGUAAACAUUUUGUUGCCAUAUUAUUAUUUAUAUAAUUCAUAAUUUAAUGUUAUGUGAUACAGGAUUAGUCUAAGUUGUGUUAUUUAUAUAUAUCAUAGUGCCUAUUUGGCCUAAACGUGUGUGAACAUCACCAAAACCCUGAUGUAAAACGAGUACUAGAGAGCUUCAAAAAUUAGCUAAAUGAUAUAUCUCUUUUGUAGAAGGCCGUCUAGCAUGUAAGACUGAUCUGCAGGCCAGGCCUGGUCAUGACCGCUUCGUUACUAACUUCUGUAAAGCAAAACAUAAAGAAACCAUGGUCACGACAUUUCUAUGACCCGCUGUUAGCCAUCUUUUCGCCGGUUACACCUUUGGCCUAUGACAGAAAACAAAAUAAAUAUUUUUACCGAUUUUUGUACACAAGACCGGUAAAAAAUCACGAAGUGUUGAUACCGGCGGUUGGCUUGCUUUUAAUCAAUUGUUAUACCAGGAAAAAGCUACUCGCAGAUUUAAGACCCUUAGACGUCAUGGUAUGGUACCCUGUAUUUUUUCAUCAAAUACUAUAACACUUAUAAUAGGCCUACAAAUUAUGGUUAUAUAUAGGUUUAUAAAAAUAUUAUUGCAUUACGUACAUAUAGAGAUAAUGAUGUCCCUAAAAAGUAUGACAAUUUUGAAAUAUAAAUCGACUGUGUUUUGUUAUUCGCGUCAUUUAAUGACGUAGUAGCGUAUUGUGUUGUAAAUUAUUAGUGAUAGAUUAGAAAAUGAAUUUAAUAAUUUGACUAUAUUAAAAUUACACGUUUACUGCAAACCUGAAGCUAACUUCACGUCAUACUUGUGUUGAUGCAUUUUGUAUAAUCGUUUUCAAUAAAUUUCUGAAUUACCAAAAGAUUGCAUAGAAUUCAGUAAUUUUAAUUUAACGAAAUUUUAAUUUAUGAUAAUUGUCGGUGUUCUUAGCACUCACAAAGUUUUAUAAAUGAGGAGUUUAGACAAAUCAGCCAAGUCAAUUGUCAUUUUUUAAAACAGUUGCCGAGCCUGUCACUUCUUUGCCUGACCGAAUAAUGUUCGUCAAUACGUCUUUUUAUCGCAUCGUUACAUGAAAGAAUGAUGAAUGAUGAAUUUUAUAGAUAAUUGUGAUGACGUGGUAUAUUGUAAUGACUACAAGUAUUAUAUUAAUAACACGAGAAUGUAAAACAAAAGAAUUUAGCGAGUUGCGUUUUGUGAUUAGUGAAGAAGUAAGAGUAGUCUAUCCGAGAAGAGAUAACGUUGACCUGUAACAAUAAAAAGUUCUUUAGUUUUAUAUUCUAGUAUUAUAUAAUCCGGACAUAUUAAAUCGUUUGACGAGUUUCAUGAUUGACAGUUGACAAGUGACAGUUCGGGUUGGCAUCAAAGGCUUGUCAAAAAUGUUCUGUUUCCUUUAAGUAGUACUAUGCUGUUAAAGUAUACUCGUAGUCUAUGCCAGAACUCCAUGUAAAUAUAACUGGACAGAAUCGAAUGUUUAUAUCAUGAUAAUAAAUCUGUACCA